AUGACCUCAGUUCAAGGAAUCGAUCUGAAUACGGUUUUAUGGAAGGAUAACAAAUGUGUGCGCCUGGCAUCUACAUAUGUUGGUAUUGAACCAUUUUUGAGAGCCAAUCCUGAUUUGCAAACAGCGAAGGUGUCCCGAUAUGAUAGUAAACAAAAACACUUCAUCGAAAUAAACUGUCCGCAAAUCAUACGGGAAUACAAUGCUCACAUGGGUGGAGUCGACCUGAUGGACAGUCUUAUGGGUCGCUACCAUAUUCAGGCUAAAAGUCGAAAUAUUAUGAUGCGACUUUUCUAUCAUUUUGUGGAUAUGGCGGCUACGAAUGCCUAUAUUUUGUACAAACGUGUGCGUGCUGAGAAAGCAAACGAUUCCAGCAAUGUAUCCCAAGAAGAACAACAAUACAACCUUCCGCAAUUCCGUGAGGAAAUAGCUGCAGGUCUUGUUUCUUUCAAAGAAAAACGGCCUGUAGGUAGGCAGUCAUCUGUGCAAGGUAUCGAUCGCUCGGUAUCUCAACAGCCUAGCCCCUCAAUAAUUGGAAGAAGAGCUGUUCAUCAAGUUGAUGAUGUUCGAUUCGAUGGCCAAGAUCAUUUCCCGAUUUGGAUGGAUAGAAAAGGGAAAAAACGGUGCAAAUAUU